UCAUUAGAUCACCCCGUCUCCCUCGAGUUAUUGCUUGUGGUUGUGGCGCUCUUGUGGGUGCCAGUGGUCACCACGCGCGGCGCUGUUAAAACUCGGAGCAAGCCCGGCUCCUCAGACCCUUUGAAUAGUCCCAUUGCUGGUCAGCUGCGUGUGCCUCCCUCCCUCCCCCUCUGCCUCCAACAGAGCUCCCCAACAACCAGACUCGGAGAGAGCGCACGUACGUACUGCUCCUACGUGCGUGCCACCCGCUGAGCUCAGCGUCCAUGAGGAGGCGGCGCUGGGCGCGCGCCGCCGCCCUAUGCCUCGCCAUCGCCGUCCUGCUGCAGCUCGCCGCCGUCCACUGCGCGGGCGCCUCGACCAGGACGCCGGCCUUCUCCACGCGCGCGCGCGGCCGCGCUGCGCAGAGGUGGCCCUCGAUGCCCGUGCACCACGCUGUGCCAAAGCCCGGUCCAAGAGCCGGAGCCCGCGCGGUCGCGUUCGACGCCACCGCCACCGCCACCGCCGCGGCCGCUGGGUGCAAGAGCAAGAGCAAGACCAGCGCGGCGUGGAAGCGGAAGCCGACCGCCGGCGGCCGCGACGACGCCGCGUGCGACGAGGACGACAAGCGGCGCAUCCCGACGGGCCCGAACCCGCUGCACAACAGGUGAUCGCGCUCCCGCCGUAAUUAAGUAACGGCCAAGCGAAGACCGGGGCAGAGCUGCGAAUGCAAGAAGCAAGGAGGAGCAGAGCUGCAAGACACUCCGGCGCCGGCGGCGAGCCGCCAAACCGGAGCGCCAGUCAGAAUUUCCCGCUCCCGAGCUGGUCCUUCUGCCUGGUGCCCAUCACCAUCCUCUGUCCAUCAUGGGACAGAUAUCUAUCAGCUAGUUAGCCAUAGUUAGCAAGCACUUGAUUUUUUGUUUGACGUCGACGAUCUUGUCCGCUUCUCGCUUGUUGGAGCUCUUGUCCGCGAGUACUUGGUGUAUAUUCCGCCUAGCCGGUGUCCUUUUGUUCCACCAUCAGAAACAAGAAUUGUUCUUGUUCUCUUGCU